AACCCUCGAGCAUCCAUCCUUGCUCUGUGGUUCCCUUCCCGUCUUCCCACCACGUCUACGGAGUGGGUGCCGGCCCCCUCCCCCAGGGGUGGGAGCGAGGAGCUGGGGGACGGGCUAGACAAACCCUUGGAGAACGAUGCGGAAGGCGUGUGGAGCCCCGACAUUGAGCAGAGCUUCCAGGAGGCCCUGGCCAUUUACCCGCCCUGUGGCCGCAGGAAAAUCAUCCUCUCUGACGAGGGCAAGAUGUACGGACGCAACGAGCUGAUAGCACGCUACAUCAAACUCCGCACUGGGAAAACGCGGACCAGGAAGCAGGUGUCCAGUCACAUUCAGGUCCUGGCUCGGCGGAAGGCCAGGGAGAUCCAGGUGAAGCUGAAGGACCAGGUGGCCAAAGACAAGGCGCUGCAAAGCAUGGCCACCAUGUCCUCAGCCCAGAUCCUCUCACCCACCGCCUUCCAGAACAAGAUGGCGCUCCAGGGCCUCUCCAGGCCGGCGUACCCCACAGCCGGUGGGUUUUGGCACGGGGCCCUUCCAGGCCAGCCAGGAGGUCAUGAGGACAUUAAGCCCUUCUCCCAGCAGACUUACGCCAUGCAAGCGUCCGGCCCCACCCCCAUAACAGGUUACGAAAGCACUGCAGGUCUGUCCAUGUCCCCCGGGGCCCCCCCUUGGCAGGGUCGAUGUAUCGCCAGCUCCAAGCUGCGAAUGCUGGAGUUCUCCGCCUUCUUGGAGCGACCCCAAGACCCAGAGACGUUCAACAAGCAUCUUUUUGUGCACAUCGGCCAGUCCAACCCCAGCUACAGCGACCCCUACCUGGAGUCUGUGGACGUCAGACAGAUCUACGACAAGUUCCCCGAGAAGAAAGGAGGCCUGAAGGAGCUCUUUGACAAAGGCCCGCACAACACUUUCUUCCUGGUCAAGUUCUGGGCCGACCUGAGCAUCAACGUGCAGGAGGACAGCAGCUUCUUCUACGGAGUGUCCAGUCAGUACGAGAGCUCAGACAACUUGGUCAUCACCUCCUCCACAAAGGUGUGCUCCUUCGGCAAGCAGGUGGUGGAGAAAGUGGAGACGGAGUUCGCCCGCCUGGAGAACGGUCGCUACGUGUUCCGGAUCCACCGCUCGCCGCUGUGCGAGUACAUGAUCAACUUCAUCCACAAGCUGAAACACCUGCCUGAGAAGUACAUGAUGAACAGUGUGCUGGAGAACUUCACCAUCCUUCAGGUGGUGACCAACAGGGACACCCUGGAGACGCUGCUGUGCGUGGCCUACGUCUUCGAGGUGUCCACCAGCGAGCACGGCGCCCAGCACCACAUCUACCGGCUGGUCAAGGACUGACAGGAUGUCACCGUAGCGACGACCUCCGUGAAGCCCCUCCCUCCCCUCCAUCAUAAGGGCUCGCCAUCCUUCCGUGAGCUUGGAGCUGGAACGUUGAGGACCCUGGGACGUCCCCAACGAGGACUGCAGAGACCGCGAGCAGGCCUGGCCGUUGGAAACAAGAACCAUGAUGCACUUUGGUCACAGGAGCCCUGCAUGAGUGUUUUGGAUUCUACUAGUGCUUGUUUGGAGUCGUCAUGCAUGUGAAGGCUGACUCAGGGCGCCACCUACUGACUGACAGAUGAACAACACGUGGAACCUGAAGUAGUUUCCAUCACGUGUGUUGUGUGCCAACUGGACUUUUCUCUUAUCAACUCUUCUCUUUUUGUCCUACGGCUUGAAAGUGACUCCAACAAAACGGCACAUAAUAUUAAUAAUAAUAAUAAUAAUAACAAUAUUGCUACCUUGAAGCACAGUUUCUGCUGAUUGCAUCAUGUCAUUGGCCCUGAAGUGUCGGAUAAAAAAUAUACCUGUUUCGUACAAAAACUUACUCCUGGUGCUUUUUUUUAAUGCAAUUUUG